AUGACUUUAUUCAAGCAGAUUAGAUAUGGGACUCCGUUCUUCCCAAUGACGGUCACCAGAAUAUUGCCAUCCUUUCCUCCUAACUCGUUUUUUUCGAUUACUGACCCCGAAUCAUCUAAAGUGAAAGAAAUGGAUAUCAUGGUAAUCAUCUUCAACUUUAAAUUACCCUUUAGGGCCCUCGAUCUUCUGAAUCUAUCCUAAAAACAGUUGGUGUUCCGUCAGUCUCUGUCAUAGUGGGUUGCACAGAAUCCAUGCAGAAUCUGUAUCGAUGGCAACAACAACUUAUCUACAAGAUGGGAAGAGCUGGUUUCUCCCAGUAUAUGACAAGGCGAAUGAGGAUUGGGACCCGUUUUCAUAGCGUGGUAGAGGCUUUACUCAAAGAAUUGAAGGUUCACGGGGAAAUAAGGUCUACUCCGGAAGAGAUCUUAGCAUCAGUAAGGCAGAAUUAACUUUAAGAAAGAUGGUGAUGACUCUGUUGUUGAUGGAUUAAUUUUUAGAAACCAAAUUGGAGCGAACUGUCGGGGGAACUGACUCCUUAUUUUACCGGCCUGCUCCCAUUUUUGAAGAGCUUGAAUCCCAAUCCGAAUAUUAUCCUGGAAGGAAAAGUAGAUAAUCCUUUUCUUUGUUUCAAAGGCCGGUUUGAUGCAAUUGUGGAGAUUGAGUAAGUAACUUGUAUUAAUGAUGACAUCGGUUUAGUGGAGAGUUGACCUUGGUAGAUUGGAAAACUAUCAAUAAGGAGUCCGUUAAGAGCAACAACCUGACUGCUCAAACUCCAGAAGAUCUCUAUACGAAUCCCUUACAAUUGGCCGCAUAUGUUUCAGCUGUGAAUGCAUGUUCCUUAUAUUCAGAUCUUCCUCGAAUUCAGAAAGCUGCCAUUGUUUUGGCUUAUGAGAACCGAGAUACGGUAGAAGUGGUUAAAAUGGAUUUGGAAAGCAUACAAGUAAGUACGGAUCGGUAGUUUGUGAUAUGUUCAGGGUCAUUUCAAAGAAUUCUUGAGUCGAGUCAACAGAUUCUGGUGGGAUGUUGAACAUAAACCUGAAAAAGGGGGACUUCUCAACUUCGUUCACAAUCCUAAAGUAGAACAGGCGACAUAG